AUGGCAUCACCACAGGCGCACAAACCGCGGCGGAGAAGGAAGAUUGAAGAAGGCUCCCUAGCUCAUGUCACCCACGGCACGCUGGAUCUGGACCAGAACACGCACACUCGGAAACCUGCGUUUCCCCUCGUCGCGUUCCUAUUUCCUGCAAAAGGCACCGUCUCGCAAUGGGUCAUGAUUCCGCUCAUCCUGAUGGCGGCGGGGUUGUUCCGGUGGACAACGGGUUUAUGGGGCUAUUCCGGGUUUCAAUCUCCCCCAAUGCAUGGGGAUUUCGAGGCGCAAAGGCAUUGGAUGGAGAUCACCAAACACCUCCCUGUUUCCCAAUGGUACUUCCAUGACCUGGGAUGGUGGGGAUUGGAUUAUCCUCCGCUCACAGCAUACCAUAGCUGGCUCUUAGGAGUCAUUGGUUCUGCAAUCAACCGUGACUGGUUUGCUUUGUACAAAUCCCGCGCUCUCGAUGACCCGUCCCUAAAGAUAUACAUGCGCGCUACUUCCUUCAUCUCAGAAUACCUUAUCUAUGUGCCCGCACUCAUCAUAUUCCUUCGCCGAUUUUCUCGAUUGGAGAAUGUCAAUGUGUGGGAGGGUUCCAUCGCCCUUGUGGCCAUCCUUAUGCAGCCGGGACUGAUACUCAUCGAUCAUGGCCAUUUCCAGUACAACUCAGUCAUGCUUGGGUUUACGAUUGCGAGCAUGUCCAGCAUGGUUGCCGGGAGACAUCUUUGGGGCUGUGUCUUCUUUGUUGCGGCCCUCGGAUUCAAACAAAUGGCCCUGUUCUACGCACCUGCUGUCUUUGCCUACCUUUUAGGGAUCUGCGUCUUCCCUAGGGUGAACUUGACCCGCCUCUGCGCCAUUGCCUUGGCGACGGUGCUCUCUUUCAUCGGACUUUACCUACCUUUUCUGCUCGGUGUCGUCCACGACAUGCAGAAAGGCGAGCAACUGCACGACCUUCCGGCUCCCCCACUUUUAGCCGCUUUGCCUGUGUCUCUGGACGACAAGUCCUGGUACUAUCCGGUCUUGGUUCAACUGGCACAAUCGAUACAUCGGAUUUUCCCCUUCGCACGAGGACUAUUCGAGGACAAAGUCGCCAAUAUCUGGUGCACGAUUCAUACGUUCCACAAGCUGAAUCGAUAUCCUAGUGAGCUUCUUCAAAGGGCCGCCCUUGUUGCCACGUCUGCAGCGAUCGCGCUUCCAUGUUUGAUCUUGUUCCUCAAACCUCGAAAAGAGCUCUUGCCACUCGGACUAGGGGCAACUUCCUGGGGUUUCUUCCUCUGCUCCUACCAGGUGCAUGAGAAGAAUGUCCUGCUCCCCCUCCUACCGAUGACGAUGCUCCUCAGCGGUGCAGGCGGACUACUCCCAUCCAUACGCGCUUGGGUCGGUCUCGCCAACCUGCUGGGGGUUUGGACCAUGUUUCCUCUUCUGAAAAGAGAUGAGCUGAGGGUCCCGUACUUUGUCAUCUCACUGCUAUGGGCCUAUCUCUUGGGGCUGCCGCCGGUAUCCCUUUCCGCGUACCACUUCGUAAGCAGGGGCGGGUUAAACCUCCUGACGAAGGUCCUGCAUCUGAACAUCUACCUGGUCAUGGUGGGAUGGCACAUUGUGGAGGCAUUCUGGCCUCCUCCCAGCGGCAAGCCGGAUUUGUGGACGGUCUCGAACGCCAUUGUAGGCGCCGGUGGUUUCGGAAUCUGCUACCUGUGGUGUCUGUGGAGGUUAGCAACCAAAAGCGGGAUUCUUGGGUCUGGAAGUACCAAGGUAAAAAGCAAGGCGCAGUAA